AAACCGCCUUUUAUAGUUGUUGUUGCUUAAACCGCCUCUUUGUUUCCUACUUCUACCCCGUAUAAGGUAACGGAGUGUUGCCGUCACAUAAUAGUCUCUUUCUUUCCUACUUCAAUUAUUUCUGAUCUUCAUCUUCAAUUUCUCUCAACUUUGAUCAAAAUUGGCGAAAAAAUCCCCAAUUUCGUCAAUCAAAUUGCAAAUGGAUUCCAGAAAUUCUCAAAAUUUGCAGGUGUUCAUCCGAUCACCAUUCCCAACUCGUACCCUAACCCUAAAUCCCAACCAAACAUGGGCAGAUCUCAAGAACCAUCUCCCUUUCUUCAAUUCAUCUUCAUCUUCAUCAUCUACCUCUGAGAUAGGGUUCUUUUCGUUUAAUGGCAAAAGGCUAGACGAAUUCACCACCGUCGGAUCUUCCGGAAUCGCCCAAAAUUCCACCGUAAACCUCCACUUCAAGCUUCUUGGCGGCGGCGGCGAUGGCGGCUCAACUUGCGCGGAGUCUAGGGAUUGCUACUUGAAUAUGUACGCCGAGAGGAAGCCGGAUAAGGGGGAUCCAAGCGAGAAGCGCCUCUCAAAGUGGACUACCUGCGCGCUUUCCAACGAGCCGUUGAAGCCGCCGUGCGUAAUCGACCGCCUUGGCAACGUCUUCAACAAGGAAGCUCUGGUUAAAGCGAUGCUUGCUAAGAGUUUGCCGAAACCGUUUUCGCUGUAUAUCAAGGGUUUGAAGGAUUUGAUUCCGAUUCAAUUGUCUUCUGGUAAUGAAGAAGAUUCAUCAUCAUCACAUUUUCAGUGCCCUAUUUCUGGGUUUGAUUUCAAUGGAAAUUACAGAUUCUACGCUUUGAUUAAUUGCGGUCAUGUUCUGAGCGCGAAAGCACUCAAACAAAUUAAAUCAUCUGCUUGCCUUGUUUGUCACAAGGAGUUCAAGGAAGAAGAUGAUAAGAUUGUAAUCAAUGGGACUGAUGAAGAGGUUGAUAUUCUGAGGAAGAAGAUGAUUCAGAUGAAGGAGAUGGAGAAGGAGAAGAAGGCAGCGAUUAAGCUUAAGAAAUCGAAAUCAAAACAGUUAAACUCAGUUGGUGUUGCUGGGGAAGAUGAUGAUGGUGUUAUUGUUGGUGAUGCUCAGUUGAGUGGCAAGAAACAUGGCAUUGAUGAUGUUGUAAAUGCGAAUGCGAAACCGGAGAUUAAUCCCAAGCUUCCUAAUGCCAUUGCUGUUACUAAGAAAGCUUCGGCAAAGAGAUUCAAAGCUGUUGAUAUUGCACCUGCAAAUGCUGAUAAGAAAGUGUAUGCUUCUCUUUUCACUUCUUCUUCUAGGAAGUCUGAUUUCAGAGAGACUUAUUCUUGUAGAUCUUUGCCUUUAGGGAGAAACUGAUUGUUUUACUUGACAAUUUGAGCUGAAUUGUGAGUUGAAAUGUGAGUUGAAACUAUCUCCAUUGAUUGAAUUCUCCAUAUGUAAUUCAAGCAUCCAGGUUUUUAAUCUA